CGGCGGCAGGAGGAGGAGCCUGGAGGAGGACCGCACCUCCGGAGCUCCACCAAUCCGAGCAGCAGCCGCCGCAUAAAGGGCAGCUGAUGCAAGAGCAGCCGGAGAUACGAGGAGCAGCAGAGAGACGCACGGUUACCGUCAUGCCUGUCAUCAGAACCCUCCGCACAGUGGCCCGGCAGGUCCAGCAGGCCCAGCCGGUUCUGUUCUCCGGCUGCAGCUGUCAGCCUCUGAUGGUGGCGGUCCGCAGCAUCAGCUUCUCCCCCCGACAGGUGACGUCCGACGCCAGCUUCCACUCGGUGUCCUUCUCCGAGACGGACCACCCCAAGGUUCUGAUCACAGGUGGACUCGGGCAGCUCGGAGUCGGACUCGCCAAACUGCUCAGGAAGAGGUUUGGAAAGAACAACGUGAUUCUGUCCGACAUCAGGAAGCCUCCCAGCAACGUCUUCCACAGCGGUCCCUUCAUCUACUCAGACAUCCUGGACUACAAGAACCUUCGUGAAAUCGUGGUGAACAACCGGAUCACCUGGUUGGUCCACUACAGCGCUCUGCUCAGUGCCGUUGGAGAAGCUAACGUAGCUUUAGCUCGCUCUGUCAACAUCACAGGGCUUCACAACAUCCUGGACAUCGCAGCAGAACACGGUCUCCGUCUGUUUGUUCCCAGCACCAUCGGAGCCUUUGGGCCCACCUCCCCUCGGAACCCGACACCGGACCUGUGUGUUCAGAGACCCAGAACCAUCUACGGAGUCUCCAAAGUCCACGCUGAGCUCAUGGGAGAGUACUAUCACCACCGCUACGGGCUGGACUUCCGCUGCCUCCGUUAUCCAGGAAUCAUCUCUGCAGACUCGAUGCCGGGAGGCGGCACCACAGACUACGCUGUGCAGAUCUUCCACGACGCCAUCAAGAGCGGGAAGUUCGAGUGCAACCUGAAGCCGGACACGCGGCUGCCGAUGAUGUACAUCGACGACUGCCUUCGGGCCACGCUGGAGGUGAUGGAGGCGCCGACCGACUCGCUCAGCAUGAGGACGUACAACAUCAACGCCAUGAGCUUCACGCCCGAGGAGCUGAGCCAGGAGCUGCAGAAACAGAUGCCCGAGCUGGAGGUCACGUACGACGUGGACCCAGUACGGCAGGCCAUCGCCGACAGCUGGCCGAUGAACUUCGACGACUCCAAUGCGAGGAAGGACUGGGGCUGGAAACACGACUACGACCUGCCGGAGCUCGUCCAGACCAUGCUCAACUACUUCGGGGCAGAAACCCGGAUGGCUCGCGCCAACUGAGGCGGCGCCGCUGGUUCUUUGUACAUAAUGUAAAGACUGACCAAAGAGAAUAGAAGCUGUACAUGCUGGUUCUUUCUCGGUAAACUAAAGGGCUCAGCUCGCCGCCGCGACGCCUCCAGAACUUAAGCGGGUCGGACAAUCCUCCCGCUGUCUCUGCUCUCUUUCCUUUUCCUGCUCGCAGGUUCUGGUGUCGGCAGUAUCAGGGAUUCUAACGGGCCUUAAGACGACGACUUGCAUGUUGAGGAGUGUUUGGGUAACAAUCAGCUGAACGUCUGUCAGAGCUUCAUUCUGUUAAAUGUCUGAGGAUUGUCAACAUUCAGGUUCUGCUGAAGCUCCAGAGCUGAAGUCGGGCCAGUUUUAUCCCGAAGCACUUCAGAAGGAAUGAAACCCUGCAGGUUCUGACAGGUUCUGAUCCGACACAGAUUCUUCCCUCAACCUAUUUAUUCUGUCGCUGUGAAACAUGUGGGAGCUUCAGCAGGAAAAUCUUUUCUUAACUUUCUCAGCGUUUCUGUCCACGUUUGUUAUUUUAUUUCCAUGUAGCCGCUCUGUGGUUCUGAUUCUGUUCUGUCAAUCACACGAUGAGCUUUGACAAUAAAACUUUUUCAGCGUA